AGAGGUGAAAAUGAAAUUUACCCAAAAACUUGACCAAACGCUCUGACUAAUUUCCAACUCCUCCAUCGACCUUCACCUUCGAAGAUAACGACCUGAGGUCAAUCAGUCACAGAUUCUUCUAGAAAUCAGGACAUAUUGCAUUUCGAUCAGUGCAAUUCAGUUCAUUUACCACUGUAAGUUCUGCUAGGGUUUAGUCAGUCUGCUUGUUAUUCCAUUGCUCAGCUUCGAGUCUUCGAAGUCCGGGAUCAGACAUGGCUGCGGAGGACGGUACGGCGCAAGAAUAUGUGCCACAGAAGAAGAAUAAAGAGCCUACCGAGACCGAGAAGAGGAGAAAGAAAAUUGUGCCUGGAAGUUUAAUGAAAGCUGAAAUUAGACCAGGUGGAGGUGAUGCGAGACCAUCUGAUGGUGAUCAGGUCAUAUAUCAUUGCACUGUUAGGACCUUAGCUGGAGUUGUUGUUGAGUCUACAAGAUCAGAAUAUGGAGGCAAGGGCACUCCAAUACGACAGGUUUUGGGAAAAAGCAAGAUGUUAUUAGGAUUACUUGAAGGGCUUCCAACAAUGUUGAGGGGUGAAGUUGCAAUGUUCAAAAUGAAACCUCAAAUGCAUUAUUCUGAGGAGGACUGUCCAGUUUCACCUCCAAGUAGCUUUCCAAGGGAUGAUGAACUUCAUUUUGAGAUUGAGAUGAUAGACUUUUCGAAAGUCAAGGUUGUCAGUGAUGAUUUAGGAGUCAUAAAGAAGGUAAUAGAUGAAGGGCAGGGUUGGGAGUCGCCAAGAGAACCAUAUGAAGUAAAAGCUUGGAUUUCUGCCAAGACAGGAGAUGACAAAGUAAUUCUAUCCCCCAAACAAGGAGAACCUUAUUUCUUUACUAUUGGAAAAUCUGAGGUACCUAAAGGUCUUGAGAUGGGAAUGGGAACUAUGACACGAGAAGAGAAGGCUGUAAUAUAUGUUACCAAUCAGUACUUGACUGAAUCUCCGCUCAUGUCCGUGGCAGGUGUUGAGGAAGUUCAGUUCGAAGUAGAGCUUAUCCAUUUCACGCAGGUAAGGGACAUGCUUGGAGAUGGACGCUUGAUAAAGCGUCGGCUUCGUGAUGGAAAAGGUGAGUUUCCUAUGGACUGCCCACUUCAGGACAGUCUACUACGCGUUCAUUACAAGGGUAUGCUGCUUAAUGAAGAAAAGACAGUCUUCAUUGAUACAAGAAUUGAUAAUGAUGGUCAGCCUUUGGAGUUCAGCUCUGGAGAAGGGCUUGUGCCUGAAGGUUUUGAAAUGUGCGUGCGCUUAAUGCUUCCUGGAGAGGUAGCUCUUGUUACUUGCCCUCCUGACUACGCAUAUGACAAGUUUACCAGACCUGCAAAUGUUCCUGAAGGUGCUCAUAUUGAAUGGGAAAUUGAGCUUCUUGGUUUUGAGAUGCCGAAGGAUUGGACUGGUUUGGACUUUCAGGGUGUAAUGGAUGAAGCAGAGAAGAUCAGAACCACAGGAAACAGGCUUUUCAAAGAAGGAAAGUUUGAGCUUGCUAAGGCAAAAUAUGAGAAGGUUCUUCGAGAAUUUAAUCAUGUUAAUCCACAAGAUGACGAGGAAGGGAAAGUUUUCCUGAAUACAAGAAAUUUGUUAAAUCUAAAUGUCGCUGCAUGCCACCUCAAAUUAGGGGAAUGCAGAAAGUCCAUUGAGACAUGCAAUAAGGUUCUGGAAGCAAAUCCUGCACACGUCAAGGCCCUCUAUCGCCGUGGAAUGGCCUACAUGGAAGUUGGAGAUUUUGAGGAAGCAAGAAGUGAUUUUGAAAUGAUGUUGAAAGUCGACAAAUCAUCUGAACCUGAUGCAACAGCAGCUCUUAAAAAACUGAAGCAGAAGCAGCAGGAUGUCGAGAAGAAGGCACGGAGACAAUUUAAAGGACUAUUUGACAAGAAGCCAGGGGAAAUUGCAGAUGCUGGAACUGACGACAGAGGAGAAGAGCAGAGUACAGGUGAAAAUCAGAAGAAUGGUGACCAGGAGGAUUCAAAUGGGGCUGACACAGAGGAUGGUGAAGAUGUGGCCGAUGCACCUAGAGAAGGAUUGUUCUCCCUCCUGUGGCCAACUGGUAGAAGAUUGUUUUCAGCUCUCGGGCUUCAAAGAUGUACGAUAUUGUGACAAAGCUGUAGGGAUGGCCGAAUCAGCAUUAUUUUUGUCACAGGCUGGAAAAAAUCUGACUUUGAAAGUAAAAAACACAUCAAAGAAGGUUCAUAUACCACUAUCAUUGUAGCUUCACAAAGAAAUUCAUAUUUUGGGUUACCGUUUAUGAUGAUAUAAAUCAAUGUUGAGACAGACAAAAACAUACUAAUGGACAUAAGAUCCAAUGUUGUUAAUAGCGUUCCUGUCGUGUCCGGUCG